AUGAGUGGUCGUAAAUCAAAACGGAUUAUGCCCGCAUUAUCAAAGACUAUUACUACAGCAGCAGCUUCGUCAAGUGCUGAUUAUCCUAAACAACGUAUAGUCCAAAACUUCGUACUAAUUUGGGCUGACGCCGAUAUCGACGAGUCGAAAAAACACUGUCAAGAUAUAUUAGCACGACUACGACGUAUUGUCAAUGAUGUCAAAAUCUGCACUGAAUCAAAACAAUGUAUGCAGCGUCUCAAGAGCAUUAGCAACGAAAAGGCUUUUAUUAUAGUCUCUGGUGCAUUAGGUGAAAACUUAGUUCCCGAUAUCCAUUCCUUAGCUCAAGUAGAAGCCAUUUACAUAUUUGGUCGUAAUAUAGACUCGCAUGAGCAUUGGGCACGAAACUGGAGCAAAAUCAAAGGGAUGUAUACUGAAAUUAAGCCAGUUUGUGAAGCAUUACAAUUGGCUGCCAAACAAUGCAAUGAAGAUUCUGUUAGCAUUAGUUUCGUAUCGGCGGGUAUAGAAGAUUCCACUGGCAUUAGUUUGAUUUCGUCAGAUGAAGAAGCUUCCAGUGCGAAUCUAAAUCAAUUGGAGCCCACAUUUAUGUACACGAAAAUCUUCAAAGAAAUACUUUUUGAGAUAGAACAUGGCAAAGAAGCCAUUGCACAUUUAGUAAAGUACUGUCGUGAUCUUUAUCAAAGCAACGCGGGUGAAUUAAAUAUUAUUAAUGAAUUUGAACGUAGUUAUAAUCCAAAAACUACUGUUUGGUGGUACACUCGAGAAUGUUUUACUUAUCAAAUGCUCAAUCGUGCACUUCGUAAUUUAGAAAGUGACACAAUAAUUAACAUGGGGUUCUUCAUUUGUGAUUUACAUCGACAAAUUGAAAAAUUACAUAAAAAACAGGUUGAUAGUUACAAUGGGACGACAUUUUUAGUUUACCGUGGACAAGGCCUUUCGAAAGCUGAUUUCGAGAAACUUCGAAAGACAAAAAGUGGACUUAUUUCGUUUAACAAUUUCUUAUCCACCAGUAAAAAACGAGAAGUUGCUUUUGAAUUCGCUGAACGUGCUUCGAAAAAAGACAAUAUGGCUGGCAUUUUAUUCGUGAUGACGAUUGAUCCUUCAGUUUCAUCUGCUGCAUUCACUGCCAUUAAGGAUGUUAGUUACUUCAAGACAGAAGAAGAAAUUUUAUUCUCCAUGCAUACGGUGUUUCGUAUUGGUGAGAUUAAACAGAUAGAAAAAGACAAUCCGCUCUAUCAAGUAGAACUUAAACUAACAGCUGACGAUGACGAACAACUUAGCAUUCUUACCAAAUGCAUACGAGAGGAGAUUAAUGGUUCAACAGGAUGGAGACGACUAGGUAGACUGUUACUCAAGAUAGGACAGAUCAAUAAAGCCGAAGAAAUAUACAUUGCACUGCUCGAACAACCAUGUAACGAGGAUGAUAAAGCACAUUAUUAUAAUCAACUUGGACGUGUGAAAUAUGAUCAAAAAGAUUAUGAGAAGGCGAUUUGGUAUCACGAAAAAGCAAUUGAAAUCAGAAAAGAAAUUACUUCUCCAAAUGAUCGUUCAUUUGCUCUUUCCUACAGCAACCUCGGUAUAGCGUAUGGCGAAAUGAAAGAGUACACGAAAGCGCUUUCAUUCCACGAAAAAUCACUUAAAAUUGAACAGAAAAUUUUGCCUCCGGAUCAUCCUUCGUUGGCUACUACCUACACCAACAUCGGUGGAGUGUAUUGCAACAUGGGACAGUAUUCAAAAGCGCUUCCAUUUUUCGAAAAAGACCUGGAAAUCUGUCGAAAAACUCUUCCUUCAAAUCAUCCUGAUUUGGCUACGCCUUAUAACAACAUCGGUUUUGUCUAUACAAAUAUAGCACAGUAUCAAAAGGCACUCUUCUAUCUCCAACAAGCUCAGGAUAUUUUAGAGCGUUCAUUACCUCCUAAUCAUCCUUAUAUUAAAAAUGGUCAAAUAGGUAUUGAUAAAGUAAAAAGGAGAUUAUAAUUAGUAAUAAUAUUUGAUGAACAAAAUAAUGUUCUUUCAUUUAUUUGAAAACAAGAAUAAAGACCAACAGUUAACGUAGUUAAGGUUUUAUAUUUUUCAUUCUACGACAAAUUUUGCUUUUCAUGAGACAGUUGGGCGUGGGUGUGGGUAUAAAUGAGGGUGUAAGUGUGAGUGUAAGUGUGAGUGUGGGUAUAAAUCAGGGUAUGGGUGUACCUUAUUUAUCUUACCACACCCAUUCUCAAGGUGAUGUUUACCGUUCGUUUUUCUGAGUUUCUUUUUUCUGUUGCUUUAUCACCACCUAAAGAAUAUAAGUGCCUGUGCAUGUUUUAGUUGAUGGCUGAUAAGAGACUUUUCGUCGACAAAAUAUCAAGUUAUCAGUUAAAACUUCCAACUAUGUUUUUCGUUAGAAAAGAAGGCUUCGAAUAUGAGUUUUAUCUUUUGAAAUUUCCAAUUUGACUGGGGUCUCGAAUAAUUGAGGGUGGGUGUGGGUGGGGUAAGCA